GUCUGUACUAUGUGUGCGCUAAGAACCUGGGCAAAAGAAGAAGAAGAAGAAGAAGAGCCGUCGCACUACUCUUGGUAGAUGUUCUAAGGUCAGUUCAAAGAUCUCUCUUCCUCUUUCUUAUCUGUAUGUUAAUCUGUCUGUAUACUCUAUAGAUUGUAUCAAUCUGAUACGAGAAAAUGCCCUGCUAGAUUUGAAUCCUGCAUCGUGUUUGAUUUCUAGGUUAAUCAUGUUGCUUGUGGGAAAGAGAUCAAUCAUUACGCUAACAAAUUGUAGUAAACAAUCAUCUGCAAUCUUACACCAACGAUUACAUUUCUCCUCCAAGAAAUCUACAAUAAAUGAUACUUCAUCACUCACUGUUUCAUACCUCAUUUCCUCAUGUGGGUUAUCUCCAGAAGCUGCUCUAUGUGCUUCAAAAACUAUUCAAAUCAAAUCAACAGAACAACCUGAUUCCGUUAUCACCCUCCUCAAAAGCCACGGUUUUAGCGAUACCCAUAUCUCCAAACUCACCAAAACAUGCCCUAGGCUGCUUCUAUCUAAUCCUUCAAAUACAAUUUCACCCAAACUCGAAUUCUUCACCUCAUUAGGGAUUCCAACUGAUGUACUUGCCAAAUCCUUAAGUUCAACUCCAUUGCUAUUCCUGACCAGUUUGGAGAAUCGAAUCCGUCCAGCUUAUAACUUCCUUAAAGACAUCCUUCUCUUAGAUGAUGAGAAAGUGAAACGGGUGUUUGCAACAACACCAUGGAUGUUUAGGGAAGAUCCAGUCAAGUGUAUGGCUCCAAAGAUUGCUAUUUUGAGAGAAAAAGGUGUUCCUUUAUCCAAAUUAUCCUACUUGUUUACUUACCAUAGCUGCAGGCGAUCAUCUCUUCUCCAAAGCCAUAGCCAAUUCGAGAAAGCUGUGAAGAAGGUAGUUGAGUUGGGGGUUAACCCUUCCAAGUUUGUAUUUGUCACAGCCUUACACGCCGUGUCUGGACUUAGUGACUCGACCUGGAAUGACAAGAUAAAAGCUUUCAAGAAGUAUGGUUGGUCUGAAGAUAACAUUAGGCUGGCUUUCACUAGACAACCUCAGAUUAUAAGUAUGUCAGAGCAGAAAAUAAGUAGCAUGAUGGAUUUCUUUGUGUCUGGAUUGGGUAUGAAGCCCGGAGCUAUUGCGAAAACACCUUGGAUUCUGAUAUAUAGUCUGGAGAAUAGAAUAAUCCCGAGAUGCUCGAUUAUUAGUCUCUUGAAAUCGAAAGGGUUACUACUGAUACAUAAGUUAUUUGACAUAUUUCAAGGAAGAUCCGAUGCUUGUGAUGUUGAUGCUGAGUUUUCAUUUGCAUCAUAUGCUAAUAUAUCUGAUAUUGGACCACAUUAUUAGAAGUAGAUGAAUUUUUCUUCCUUUUUUUGGGUCCAAAUUGAGACUGAUCAGAUUAAGGUGUAUUUUCAAGUCUUUCUCUUCUGGAAUUGGAGAAUGAACUGUUGAUUAAUUUCUUGUAGAUUUCAUUUCUUGCAGUUUAGGAAUGUGAAAUUGCAGUUGCCCAU